UCUUCGUCGUCGAACAAAAACGCGGAAACAAAAGAACUAAUCAGUUUUUCAAAACAAGCAACGAGUCGGCAUAAAGUGAACCUUGUCGUGGGUGACAGCUGUCAGAGUUCAGACCGUAGCUUCUCAUAACCCACUCACAAAGACAUAGCAUGGCUUUGAAGAGAAUACAGAAGGAGUUAAAUGACUUGCAGAGAGACCCUCCAGCUUCAUGUUCUGCUGGACCUGUAGGGGAAGACAUGUUUCACUGGCAAGCCACCAUCACAGGACCGAAUGACAGCCCUUAUCAUGGAGGAGUUUUUUUCCUUUCUGUCCAUUUUCCCACUGACUAUCCCUUUAAACCACCAAAGGUCGCCUUUACUACAAAAAUCUAUCACCCAAACAUAAACAGCAAUGGCAGCAUUUGCCUUGACAUCUUGAGGUCUCAGUGGUCCCCUGCUCUUACGAUUUCCAAAGUUUUAUUGUCCAUCUGCUCCCUUCUUUGUGACCCAAAUCCCGAUGACCCGCUCGUCCCUGAGAUUGCACAGAUCUACAAGACAGAUAGACAAAAGUAUAACAAACUAGCUAGAGAAUGGACCCAGAGGUAUGCAAUGUGACGGGAAAAUAUAAAGCAACAACUUCUGCCAGAACGUCUCAACAGAUGACAGUACUGUUCAAGUGCUUUCUCCACACUGGUUGUAACUGAGGUGUUUAAUAUGCUUAAUGCACUUUCUCUACUGAGGUUUUACUUGACUUACCCAUUUUACUAUUUUGGCAUUAUUGGAAUUAUUCAGAAUAUUUUAUUUGAAGUGUUGCGGUGGAGCGACUGUAUGUUUCUUUGAACAGAUUUGUAUUUAUAUUUUUCAUUAUCUUGAAAUAAAGAUAUUUAGCAGAAUAUGAAUUCCAUUUACUUUUUUUUUUUUUUUUAUAAAGCACGCCUCAUGCAAUGUGUUGUAGGAGGACUAUUUAACCCCGUUAUUGUCUGUUUUAUAGUCUACAUGACCACUAGAUGGCACACCUCACUUUAAACUAACCAAGCCGUUUUUAAUGAGGCGUUAUCUGUUCCCCUCCACACGAUUUGUUUUAUUUAAUUUCGGUCUAUUUGCCAAAUGCCUAAUUAUGUGGACUGUGGUUAUUACUGUGUUUUUGCUGGAGUGAUGAAAUAAAAAUAGAAAGGAUGUUCUAUAAAUUAAAAUUGAAUUAUCUUCUCCAA